UGACGCUGGAAAUCUAAAAGGCGCCUACUAUGCUCAGGAUCUCACGAUUGACCGAACAUGGUUUCCCGUUAUUAAAGAGCAACCAGGAAGUAACAUAACUUGGAUAUUUGCCAAUUUUUAUAUUAUGUUGAAAAUGUAUACGACGGCUUGGUCGGAACGUGAUCGGAGAACGAACAGGGUAGUUUUAUCAUGAGAUUUUGGCGUUACAAGUGUUCUUUCUAAAAUGGCGUGUGCACAACGGCCAUCAAGCUACGGGGAAAUAUUAGCUGAGCUCUCAUCGUAUCUGACAAAAUGCCAAGUAACUGUAAGACGAGAAAAUGUAUUCAAAGAUUUAGUUGAAAUUCUCCUAAGGCCUGAGGCCGAAAAGUCCCGGUUUGAGGUUAAAUUUACAAACGAUGGAUGGACAGAGCCAGCUACGGAUGGAGGUGGACCAAGAAAUCAGUUAUUUACCCUAUUUUAUCAAGAAUGUUUGACUCCGGAAAGAUGCAUGUUUAGUGGUCGAGGUCAGGAACUGUUUCCGGUUGACAAUCCAGCUGCAUUGACUGGCCGCUGGUUUUUCUGUCUCGGGAGGGCGAUUGUCCUCUCCCUCGUGCAGCAAGGGGCAGGCUUUCCGUACCUAGCGAGAAGCUGUUACAAGAAAAUAUUAUAUAAAGAAGGUGUUCCCGAACAUGAAAACAUGGCAAAAUUACUUCAAAAACUCACCAAGGCUCAGACUCAGGCUAGGACCGAGGAGGAGCUGCUUCAUUACCUGGGAGACAGUGAGAUCAAGCUCCUGUUGAAAGAGAUGCAGGUCACGGAAUGUGAAACGACAAAAACAGAAACAAUGUACCACUUAAAAAACUUUAUAACACUACAAAGUUGCACGAAGGCCCUCGCACAGCUAACUGAGGGUUUACAAAGUCUGGGAUUUCUGGACAAGGUCAAACAGUAUGGAAGUGAUCUGGAACGAUUUUUUGUUCAUACCGAAGGCUUUUAUGUGGACAGUGUAUUUAUGCAAAACCAAUUACUUGAUCCGCUGAUGGACUUACAAACCACAUCUGAGAAGCAGAAUGAAGUCAAAGAAUGGGCUGCCUUAUGUUUGACAAGCAUGACUGACGAGCAGGCUGUUAACCUGUAUGAGUUUAUCACAGGAAUGCGUUCACUACCUCCAGGAGAGUGUGUCAUCAUGAUAGCAUUUAAUGCUCAAAAAACGUCAGACAAACUUCCACGUGCAGUCACGUGCGCAUCUCUUCUCCUGCUACCUCUCGGCAAUGAAUCGGUCAAAGAGUUCAUCCGUUCAUUCAAAACUGCACUCGAAAACCGGUCGGAGUUCGGCAGGAUUUGAUUGGUUAAUUAUGUCAACACGUUUGAUUCACAACACAUUCCUGUUUUGAUUCAUGAAAUCUUAUCAUUGGUGCUACACGUUUUGUUAUAUCUUUAUGCCAAUAAGUUGAAGAAUAAUAAAAACAGGAAAAGUUGCAGAACCUCCAAUUUAAAUAUGUAUCAUUUGUACCUGUUUCAUGGCAGAUUGCACAUCGAGGGUGUGAACAAAUGUUGGAAAAUAAUAAAACAAAAUGAUGGUUUACAAUUGUAAGACACAGUCCAUUUAUUCAAAAUAAACAAACAUGUCAACUACCGCGUUAGAUGAAGUAAAUGUGCUUCAUGUUCUUUACCUCAUUGCCUACAUUAUUUGAUUGAUUUCAAAAUGUUUCAUUAGAAAGUAAUAGACACUAUGAAAAUGAUACCAUCCUACAUAAACAUAUCCUCGAUAUCCAGAGGUUACGUUCACCUUCGCUGUACCCCUGCAAAAUUGAACUUUCAGUGUGCGCCACCUUGUUCCUUUGAUAUACAUCAAAUGAAAAUUGACAGGCUUUGAAGUCGGAUGUCGCUCCUUUGUAAUCUUCAAAGGACAGGUGUCAACCUAGGUAUUGGUCAGUAUUUUUCCUGAGACCAAUAAAACAGCUAUCUUCGUGCCUUCAAUAUUCUAUGACAUAUUCCAGGGGUGUAGAAAGCGAAAAUGAGCGUAACCCCUGGAUAUCGAGGAUGACCUUAACACGACUUCUAUCAUUCUUAGGGAAAAGUCUAGGGAAAAGACACAAUGUGUCACAAAUAUAAAUAAUACUGAUAUUUCAAUCGUAAUCUGUAAAUUAAGAUGCUAAUUUAUCUUUGUAAUCAAUGUAAUUAAAAAUCAAUAGCAACAUGAAAGGUCUAUUCUGGUAAUCAAUGUAAUUAAUCGAUCAAUACCUACGUGAAAGAUCUAUUCAGGUAAUCAAUGUACUUAAUCGAUCAAUAGCUACGUGAAAGAUCUAUUCUGGUAAUUAAUCGAUCAAUAGCUACGUGAAAGGUAUAUUCUGGUAAUCAAUGUAAUUAAUCGAUCAAUAGCUACGUGAAAGAUCUAUUCUGGUAAUCAAUGUAAUUAAUCGAUCAAAAGCUACGUGAAAGGUCUAUUCUGGUAAUCAAUGUAAUUAAUCGACCAAUAGCUACGUGAAAGAUCUAUUCUGGUAAUCAAUGUAAUUAAUCGAUCAAUAGCUACGUGAAAGAUCUAUUCAGGUAAAUAAUCGAUCAAUAGCUCCGUGAAAGGUCUAUUCAGGUAAUUAAUCGAUCAAAAGCUACGUGAAAGGUCUAUUCUGGUAAUCAAUGUAAUUUAUCGAUCAAUAGCUACGUGAAAGAUCUAUUCUGGUAAUCAAUGUAAUUAUACAAUCAAUAGCUACGUGAAAGAUCUAUUCUGGUAAUCAAUGUAAUUAAUCGAUCAAUAGCUACGUGAAAGAACUAUUCAUGUAAUCAAUGUAAUUAAUCGAUCAAUAGCUACGUGAAAGGUCUAUUCUGGUAAUCAAUGUAAUUAAUCGAUCAAUAGCUACGUGAAAGAUCUAUUCUAGUUAACACUCAUUUCCAGUUUGAACAUUAUAAAUGCACAGCUUUGCUUUUAUCUUACCUCUUUGAUAUGUUCCUCUUUGCGACUCAAUUAAGCGUUGUUAUCCUAAUCAGUUUAGACUGAAAUGUUCAGUAAAAUCUGUUUUGGUUUACCUCACCUUGAAAUACUUUGUAUGUACACCUUAUUUAUCGUUUUGUGUUAAGUCAACAAAUAGCAUGAAAGACGUGUUUAAUGGUUUGCGUGACAUGAGCAGGUGUUUAUGCAUCGUAUGUUAGACUUUAAAAUACUUUAAUCAGUUGAAGUCAUGAUUAUGAUUAUCUAUGAGUUACCACUGCAAGUACAUCUUACAUGUUUUAAUUGAGAUGUAUAGCAGGAUGUAAAGAAUAUACCAUCAUAACGAAACAUGUAACGAACAAUAAAAUUAAAAUUCAGCAAAGUGCGUCAACAAGGUGUAACGGGACAACUAAGGAUCGUGACCAAGUCACAUCAUGUUUCAUUGAGACAUAUGCAAUACUGUGUGGUCUUCAUUUUGAAUCUUUUGGAAUUUUUGAAUUUUUCCGUGUUUUUAAAAGUAAUGCUACUAGUCAGUCAACUCGUAUGACAAAUUUUGCAAGUCAUACUUUAUUAUUUGUUGAACAUAAACCUUGGUUUAAUGAUCAUCUCAUAAACUUACGUACAACUUACUUGUCAGCUCUGAGAAAUUUUAAUCGUGACAAAAGCUUGAUUAAUCAUAGUAAUUUGAUUAUCAACAAGAUAAGGUACAAGGCUGUUGAAUCUAAAUAUCAAAGACAGUAUUUGAGUGAAGAGGGUGAUACGCUGAAAUUUGUACAAAGACACAGCCCAAAGUCAUUUUAUAAACUUUUUACUAAACGUAAUAACAAAGUGCCGUUAAUUGAAUUAAAUCAGUUAUAUGAACAUUUUAAGGAUUAGGCGAACCCAGUAAACAAUAAUACUGUUUCUGAUCAUUCUGAUCAAUCACAAGAUGACGAUACAAAUAGUACUAGUUCAGAUAACAUUGCCUUUGAAGAGCUUGAAGCUAGCAUAACGGAGGAGGAAAUUCUUACAACAAUUCGUAAGUUAAAAGAAGCUAAUAUCAUGGCCUGGAUGGUAUUUUAAAUGAUUGUCUUUUUUUGAAUGUAAACACAUCUUGGUUCCUCUUCUAGUUAAAAUGUUUAAUUACAUUUUUGAUAUAUUCCAGAAUGUUAGUCAUCGGCCAUUAUUUUUCCAGUACAUAAAAAACGUAUUUCAACUGACCCAAAUGACUUCAGAGGGAUUAGCUUGGUUAGUUGUGUAUGUAAACUAUUUACGUCUAUUUUGAUUAAUCGUUUGUUAAACAUUUGUGAAAAUAAUGACAUCUUGAGUGAUGCACAGUUUGGUUUCCGACCAGUAUUAAGUACAGUUGAUGCUAUUUUCCCCUCAAUGCAAUAAUAACUAAAGCACUAUCAUCUAAGAACAAGUUGCAUUGCUGUUUUGUUGAUUUCAAGAAAGCAUUCGACUAUGUUGAUAGAACAAGUCUCUGGUCUAAACUUAUAAAGACUGGAAUUAGUGGAAAAUUUUGAAGAGUUGUUAAAUCCCUUACAGCUGUAUAAAAUCCUGAGUUACAGUUAAAGGAAAUUAUUCUGACUUUUCCCCAAAUAAUAUCUAUCUAUCUAACUAUAUGUUAUCCACAGAGACCAAAAUGUCUUUAAUGCGGAGGGGAGAAUUACAAGGAGAAAAUGUAUCUCCUUGUGAGUCAUUUUUUAUUAAUAAUAAUACUGAUUACUAUACUUUUGGUGAACUUACUCUAUUCUUACUAUUAUACGCUGAUGAUUUAGUGUUGUUAUCAGAAAGGACUCCAGAAUAUGAUAAAUAUUCAUCAGAUUGGAAAUUGACUGUUAACACUGAUAACACUAAAAUUGUUGUUUUCCGUAAUUGUUACAGAAUUUCAGAAAAUGAAACCUAAAUGUUUGAUGGUACCCCUAUUUAAAUUGUUGAUGAGUUCUGUUAUCUAGUUAUGCAUUUUACAUAUAAUAAUAAUUAAGUUAUUGUCCAAAGUUAUUGAUAUGGUCAAGGCAGAAAAGCUCUUUUUGCUUUAUACUCUAAAUGUAAAGUUUUAAGUCUAAAUGUAAAAACAAUGUUAAAUCUUUUUGACACUUAUGUCAGCAGGAUUUUAUGUUAUGCAUCUCAGAUAUGGCAUUCUCUUUGCACUGUUUGUACUCCAUGACAUAUCAUGUUAUUUGAUUGUUUAGCUGAUGAGCAAAAUUGCUCAAGGCCUAUUAAAGAACUUGGACUUGA